GGAGACGCACCUUUCCAGGAUUCCUCGCCACCCCCUCGAAAUAUCAGCUCUGAAACUUGGGCCUGUGGCCUACCUUGCCAGGUUGGUGUUUAUAAGAAUCAAAUUAUUGGGGAAGGCACAUGGGCCUUGUUGCCGGGGCGGGGGCAUUGUUCGGCCAUCCUUCGACAGAAUGAUCAGUCAAGAAGCCAUCCGGCUCCGUUACCAGGUUUGGCCAAGGAGGGAAGUUGGGAACCUUCUCACGGAGAACCCUGGUGUGCCUCCUUCACACUCUCUGUUUUAAUUCUUACAGCGCAGUCCCUGCCUCAAAGGAGAAAUUGGCAGCCAAGGAAAGAGACUGUUUCGAGUCCUGCAGGGAGCAGAAGAGAGUGAAGAUGGAAGAGCAAAGCUUUGCUGGCCCUGAGGCAGGAAACAUCCAGGAAGGGAGCAGUGCAGAGCCCUGGGAAGGAAGAGUGCAGGAGGAACAGCCUGGGAGCAACACCUGCUCAGACACGGAGCGCCAGGGCUUCAGGGACUUCUGCUACCAGGAGGCCAUGGGGCCCCGAAAGGUUUGCAGCCGACUCCACCACCUUUGCCGCCAGUGGCUGAAGCCAGAAAGGAACACGAAAGCUGAGAUGCUGGAUCUGGUGGUCCUGGAGCAGUUCCUGGCUGUCCUGACCCCAGAGGUGGAGAGUUGGGUCAGAGAGUGUGGAGCAGAGACCAGUUCCCAGGCAGUGGCCCUGGCAGAAGGCUUCCUCCUGAGCCAGGCAGAGGACCAAGAGCAGGGUCUGGUGACCUUUGAUGAGGUGGCUGUGCAUUUCUCGGAGGAGGAGUGGGCUCUGCUGGAUCCAGGCCAGAGAACUCUGCACAAAGAAGUCAUGGAGAAUAAUCGUGGGAUCCUGGCCUCUCUGGGUGAUCACAGGGAGAACAAGAAAAAUGGCCCACACCAGAGAAGGAAAACCGAAACUGAAGAGAAGAGGGAAAACAAAUCUAUUUCUUUUGAAGGAUCAGUCUGUGAAACUCCAAUACUAGAAGUACCAAGUAAAAAGAAGAAACAGAGUAAAACUCAGAAGAUUCAUUCUAACAAAUAUCAAAGGUUUCAAUGCUUAGUGUGUGAAAAACAAUUCACUUUCAACUCACAACUUAAGCUGCAGCAAAGAUUUCACACUGGGGAGAAGCCCUAUAAAUGCUUAGAAUGCGGGAAGAGCUUUGCUCAGAGAACACAGCUUAAGCGGAAUCAAGGAAUUCACACUGGGGAGAAGUCCUAUAAGUGCUUAGAAUGCGGGAAGAGCUUUGUUCUGAGCUCAAACCUUAAGCUGCAUCAAAGAAUUCACACUGGGGAAAAGCCCUAUAAAUGCUUAGAAUGCGGGAAGAGCUUUGCUCACAGCACAAGCUUUAAAUGGCAUCAAGGAAUUCAUACUGGGGAGAAGCCCUAUAAAUGCUUAGAAUGCGGGAAGAGCUUUGUUCUGAGCACACAACUUAAGCGGCAUCAGAGAAUUCACACUGGGGAGAAGCCCUAUAAAUGCUUAGAAUGCGGGAAGAGCUUUGCUCACAGCACUAGCCUUAAGCUGCAUCAAGGAAUUCACACCGGGGAGAAGCCCUAUAAAUGCUUUGAGUGUGGGAAGACCUUUGCUCAGAGCACACAGCUUAAGCAGCAUCAAGGAAUUCACACCGGGGUGAAGCCCUAUAAAUGCUUAGAAUGUGGGAAGAGCUUUGUUCUGAGCUCAAACCUUAAGCAGCAUCAAGGAAUUCACACUGGGGAGAAGCCCUAUAAAUGCUUAGAAUGCGGGAAGAGCUUUGCUCACAGCACAAGCCUUAAGCGGCAUCAAGGAAUUCAUACUGGGGAGAAGCCCUAUAAAUGCUUAGAAUGCGGAAAGAGCUUUGCUCACAGAACAAGCUUUAAAUGGCAUCAAGGAAUUCACACUGGGGAGAAGCCCUAUAAGUGCUUAGAAUGCGGGAAGAGCUUUGUUCUGAGCACACAACUUAAGCGGCAUCAGAGAAUUCACACUGGGGAGAAGCCCUAUAAAUGCUUAGAAUGCGGGAAGAGCUUUGCUCACAGCACAAGCCUUAAGCUGCAUCAAGGAAAUCACACCGGGGAGAAGCCCUAUAAAUGCUUUGAGUGUGGGAAGACCUUUGCUCAGAGCACACAGCUUAAGCAGCAUCAAAGAAUUCACACUGGGGAGAAGCCCUAUAAAUGCUUAGAAUGCGGCAAGAGCUUUGGUCACAGCACAAGCCUUAAGCGGCAUCAAGGAAUUCAUACUGGGGAGAAUCCCUAUAAAUGCUUAGAAUGCGGAAAGAGCUUUGCUCACAGCACUAGCCUUAAGCUGCAUCAAGGAAAUCACAACAGGGAGAAGCCCUAUAAAUGCUUUGAGUGUGGGAAGACCUUUGCUCAGAGCACACAGCUUAAGCAGCAUCAAAGAAUUCACACUGGGGAGAAGCCCUAUAAAUGCUUAGAAUGCGGGAAGAGCUUUGCUCACAGCACAAGCCUUAAGCGGCAUCAAGGAAUUCAUACUGGGGAGAAGCCCUAUAAAUGCUUAGAAUGCGGAAAGACCUUUGUUCAGAGCACACACCUUAAUAAGCAUCAAGGAAUUCACACCGGGGAGGAGCCCUAUAAAUGCUUUGAGUGUGGGAAGACCUUUGCUCACAGCACACAGCUAAAGCAGCAUCAAGGAAUUCACACCGGUGAGAAGCCCUAUAAAUGCUUUGACUGCGGGAAGACCUUUGCUCGGAGCACAUACCUUAAUCUACAUCAACGAAUUCACACUGGGGAGAAACCCUAUAAAUGCUUAGAGUGUGGAAAGAGCUUUGCUUGCCUCAAUUACCUUAAGAGGCAUCAAAGAAUUCACACUGGGGAGAAGCCCUAUAAAUGCUUUGAGUGUGGGAAGACCUUUGCUCAUAGCACACAGCUUAAGCAGCAUCAACACAUUCACACUGGGGAAAAGCCCUAUAAAUGCGUAGAGUGUGGAAAGAGCUUUGUUUGCCUCAGAAACCUUAAGAGGCAUCAAAGAAUUCACACUGGGGAGAAGCCCAAUAAAUGCUUAGUGUAGCAUUUUUUGCAUCUUAGAUUGUUAGAGUUGAUCUUGUAACUGUUAGAUCUUGUAACUGUGCAUUUGGUUUCUAUUUCCUAAAUGUAGAACUUGGUAUUUAUCCCUAUUAAAUUUCAUUCUGUUGUUUUCAGACCAUCA